AUGGGGCACGAGCAACCAGAAUGUGUAUAUGUUGUCGAUGCUAAUGAAAACGUGGUGUUAGCAUGCAAAACGGAUGACUCGAGUACCAUGGACACAAAUAUCUGGUAUCUCCAUAUUGGGUGCAAUAAAGUGAAGUUUGUGCGUGACAAGAUUAAUAUGCUUGGGAAGAAUGCAGAUGUAAUUGCACAUGGUUUCCGAGAGCAUGUGAGAUUGAGUCCCGGAAUCACAGUGACGGUGAGGGGGAAAUUGAGUUUCGGGGCAAGAGCUCUUCAGCUUGGUGGCAUUGAGAAAGUUUUCCGGGAAUUGUUCAGUUGGGAAGAUGGAGAAAAAUUAAUGGAAUCUUUCGAAUGUUAUUGGUCAAGUUCAACCAGUCCUAUUGCAGUGGGCCUCCUCUUUAUCUCCACUGAAAAAGUUGCAAUUUGGAGCGAGAGAUCUGUAGAAGUGGUUUCUCCAGGUGGGGGAUUAACCAAAAUCCAUUACGAGUUGAAGGUACCGAUAAGAAAGAUUAAGGCGGUGAACGAAGCUGAGAAUGUGGACAGGCCGGCACAGAAAUACAUAAACAUUGUUACAAUGGAUGACCGCGAUUUCUGGUUCACAGGAUUCUUCAAUUAUCAGAACGCACUAAAGCAUCUUCGGAGGGUGAUUCAUCAGGAAUAG